AUGUUUACUCAUUGCACAUUGAACAUUAUCAGGGGUGUCAUGCAAGACUAUUUUCACCAACACUUGUUUGCUGAUAACCCCAAGGCUUUAGUGGACCUCAGUUUUGUAGGCACCUUGGCCUUGGUCUUUAUCAACGGCUCCAGUCCUAUUGUGCAAUACUUUGUUGCUCGAUUUGGCCUUCGUCCUGUGAUGAUUGUGGGCACGCUGUUCAUUACGCUUGCCUUGGAAAUGGCUGGAUUUGCUAGUCAGAUCUGGCACUUGUAUUUAACUCAGGGCAUCUUGUUUGGAAUGGGCGCAUCGUGUAUGUACGGUACAGUGAUGGCAGUUACUCCUCAAUGGUUUACAAAGAACAGAGGCGUUGCAUUGGGUAUUGUAGCAGGUGGUUCUGGUAUUGGCGGUCUUGUGGUGCCUUUUAUUGUGACACCACUCAAUAGAAACUUGGGUCCAGGAUGGACUUACCGCAUUUUGGGCUUCAUUUGCCUGUUCUGUGAUAUCAUUGCCUGUAUCUUUGUCAAGGAGAGAAUUGUCCGCAAGAAGGAAAAGAAGAGCUUCUCGCAAAUCAUUGAUUUCAGCGUGCUUAAAAACGUCAACUUUCUCAUCUUUAGUGUUGCAUCUGACAUUGGUUUGUUUGGCUAUUUUGUGCCAUUCUUCUUUUUACCAGCUGAUGCUACCUAUCUUGGCUUGUCUGACUCGCAAGGAUCUUCACUUAUCGCUGUCUGUUCAGCUAUGAAUUUCCUUGGCCGUUUAGCUGCAGGUGCUUUUGCAGAUCGAGCUGGACGACUUAAUUCCAACAUCACCUUCACCUUGCUUACAGCCAUCAGUUGCUUGCUUAUUUGGACAUUUGCAUUUGAUUAUGGAUCUUUGAUGGGUUUUGCUGCCGUGUUUGGUUUUGGUUGUGGCUCAUACUUUGCUUUGAUGUCUCCUAUUGCUGCAAGUCUGCUUGGCAUGGAGAGAUUCCCUUCUGGUCUAUCCUUGUUGCUCUUUUUGAACAUGAUCCCAGUUUUUGGAUCCAACAUUGCUAGUGCCAUUGAGACUGGCGUCAGCUCUGCUCCCUUCUUUUCCUACAAAAUGUUUGCUGGUGUUGCUUGGUUGGUUGGUGCAAUCCUCUUGAUCUUUUUGAAGUUUAAGAUUAACAAGCAUCCUUUUGUAAAGAUCUAA